GAGUCGGUUUCUCUUUGUACACUUGAUAAACUCCAAACGCUGCUGUCUCAAAGUUUAAAGUACCACUUCAUAGUUGAUAAGUCUAAGCUUAUCAUGGAUCUUGUGAGGCUACUCUUUGCACUACUUGCCUUUCUAGCUUUGGGAGUGAAUGCUGGUGGUUCUGGGAGUUGUAGGUUUCCAGCCAUAUACAACUUCGGCGACUCAAACUCUGAUACCGGUGCUAUUUCAGCUGCCAUAGCUGAGGUUCCUCCUCCCAAUGGUGAAAGUUUCUUUGGACAUUCUUCUGGACGCUUUUGUGAUGGUCGCCUUAUAAUAGAUUUCAUAGCUGAGAAGUUAAAGCUACCAUAUCUCAGUCCAUACUUGGACUCAGUUGGGACUAAUUUCAGACAUGGUGCGAAUUUUGCAACCGGCGGUUCAUCCAUUAGGCCAGGCGGUUACAGCCCUUUUCAUCUCGGCAUUCAACUUUCACAAUUCAUAAGAUUCAAGUCUCAAUCCAUAGCCCUCUACAAGCAACAAAGUCCAGAUACUCAAAGACUUCCUAGGCCGGAGGACUUCUCGAAAGCUCUAUACACGAUUGAUAUUGGUCAGAAUGAUCUUGCCUAUGGUUUUCAACACGGGACAAUAGAGCAAGUUCGAGCCUCCAUUCCUGAUAUUCUCUCUCAGUUAGACCAAGCCAUCAAUAAACUAUAUAAAGAAGGGGCAAGGUUUUUUUGGGUGCAUAACACAGGCCCUCAUGGUUGCUUACCCUAUAAUGUUAUUUACGACAAAUCAAAGCCUGGAAAUCUGGACAAGAGUGGUUGUGUGAAGCCUACCAACGAGGUGGCUCAGGAGUUCAAUCGGCGGCUUAAGAACAGCGUAUCACACUUGAGGAAGCAGCUCCCUCUUGCAGUAUUCACUUAUGUUGAUGUGUAUUCAGCUAAAUAUACAGUAAUCAGCAAGGCCAAAAAUGAAGGUUUUGUGGAUCCAUUCGACUUCUGCUGUGGCAGUUACAAGGGCUAUCAUAUUGAUUGUGGAAAGAAGGCCAUAGUGAAUGGAACAGUAUAUGGCAACCCUUGUCAUAAUCCAUCAAAACAUAUUAGUUGGGAUGGUAUACACUACUCUCAGGCAGCAAACAUAUUGCUUGCAAAUCAAAUUAUCAACGGCUUACUAUCUGAUCCACCGGUUUCAAUCACAGAGGCUUGUCAUGGGUGAGCACCAUGCAAUGAAUCAAUAAUCAUCGUUUGCUUGAUUAGUAGGAUAUUUAUUUGCUAGACAAGUAAUUAGUGAUUGUUAACUUUAUUUAUCUACGAUAAUCGUUGUUUUAGCCUUCUAUCAUCACAGCUAUCUCUUACUGCUUGACAUGUUUGU